AUGGCACUUAGUUUCACGAACCAAGGGAUCGCCGGAGCUCCGGUGAUGGCGACAGUGACGCUAACGCUGCUUUUGUUUGCGACAACGGUGGUUGGGUCGAUAGACUGUAGUACUGUGACAUCUCUUAUCGCGGCUUGUUCUAGCUUUGUUUCCUUUGGGUCGCCGGAGCCGUCAUUAGGCACGCCGUGCUGCAACGGGGUGGUGACGCUCUAUAAUGUCGCGGCAGAUUCCGUCGACAACCGACGGUCGGCGUGCGGCUGCCUCAUGGGGCUUAUCACGACCUACAACCCCAACGCCACCGCCAUCGCCCGCCUUCCAGGGCUUUGCGGUGUCUCCCUAGGGUUUACUAUCGACCCCAACGUCGAUUGUCGCAUCAUCCCUUGA